AUGAUGGAGGUGGCGGUGGUCCUAAGGCAGCGUGCGUUUUUCUUGUCGAAGGUUCGAGAGGCUGUCCAACGGAUGGCGCUGGUGGAGAGACGCUUGUCCGAGCAGGACAACGACCUCACAGAGUAUCGCGUCACGCGGAGCAAAGCGGAAGGGGCGGUGGCAGCUCUCCAAGACCGACAGGUGGAGGUACGAUUGUCGAAUCUCGAGGACGAUCUUUCUGGUCUCAAGGCUUCCCUCGGCGGGCGGACCCCUACCCAAGAAUUAUCAGAGGAGAUAGCGACAACGAUCACGACUGCACUGACGGCGGAAAUGCAGCGGUCACAAGCGAGAUCGGACCAGAUCAGGGGAGUCGAGCUGACAACGGUGUCACUCGAGCGACACCUGACGGACGGUGAAGGGGGCGAAACUGCCCGCAUCCGGCGGGAGUUGCAGGAUAGCGAGGGUAGCCUACAGCGAAGGAUCGAGGAGGUUCGCGCCUCAGACCUUCGCAGGAUGGAGGAAAUCUCCGGCGAAGUGUUGCGGGAGAGGGGAAAUCGACUCAAGGACCGAGCCGAGGUUGAACAGGAGGUAUCCAACAUCCGUGCUUCUCUUCAGCGAACCGAACACAGCUGGCAUGGGAGAAUACACGAUCGCCUCGACCGUCUCGAGGGAUCUGUGGCAAGCACCCUGAGCGACCACUCGCACACUCGGAGCUCUGUCACCUCCAUCGGUUCACAGUUGAAGCAGCUGCAGCUCGAGAUUCAGAAUGCCCGCGACACUAGCAGACGUACCGGGCAAUGGGCCAGCGAUAGGCACGAAGAAGCUCCGUCCCUGGCAAUCGAUGGCCAUCACAUGCCGAUUCUUGCCCAAUCGGUGCAAUCGGCAGCGCGACCCCCGCAGACGACUGCGUCGACGCUUGCUGCGGACUCUCCCAAAACAGCACUCGAAGAAAGCGGAGAGGUUCUCCCGGAGGAACAGGACGGUGCAACGGGUUCUACAAACACUAUCGCGACGGAGGAGGGCGUAGAAAGUGCCACAGGGGUGAUGAUACCCGCCGUUCAAGCUUGUGACGAUCAGCCCACGCACGUGGGGUGUUCCAGCGCCGUGGGUCUCUGUUCGAUGCCUGGGCGAGUGGCCACGGCCGAUGCGACAGCAGGCCAAGAAAAUAUCGACCAGGAUGACAAUUCGGGAGACGUUGACAACAAUUCCUUCUCUCUAAGGGAUGCAGACUCGGCUCCUCCUGAGAGUAACCAACGAUCGGUUGGGAGCGUCGUUAACACCGACAAGGACAUCGAAGCGCCAUACCCGUUCAAGACCGGAGAAGGAAUAGGAACGCCGGAGAAGAACGGAAAAUUGACGGAGCCACCUCCAGCAGAUAGGCUUCGUGACCACCGAAAGGUCAUCCACACAUCCUCAGCGGAUACUCUUCGAAAGAGUGCGUUGGCGGCCGUGUCAUUUUCUGCCGAGGAAGACGCCGUUCUUGCGGCGAGUGCAGAAGAAGCUGGUGACGGGCGUCCUUCGCAGUCGAUCAGGGGUCGGUCUCCUUGCGCCUCGCCAUCCUCUGUUUCUUCCUGCGGUUCCUCCGCGCCUUCUUCUUCACCUCCACCCCCCUCGCCGUUGCCUCUACUCCACACCCCCUCCGUCGACAGCACCGACGCCCCUCAGGCUGGCGACCCUGGUGGUGCCGAAAAACCUUUCGCUGCAACAACCCCAGCCGAAGCCUUAGAUCUGAACAUUUCGCCCCCGAAGUUGUUGGGCGAUGGUCUGGGUGCAAGUGACAAAGGAAAACUUGCGGAUACAGAGGCGGGAGGGAGCGACGUGUCUCAAUCCCGGAUGGCGAGGUCUACCAAGUCAGGGUCGUCGUCGGACAGCAGCUUUUCAGUGGACGACGACGAGGCGGUAGUGGGUCAGCAACGUGGGCUAGGGCUGCCAGAGACGUGCGACAACAUCGACUCUAGCUCGAGACCUGGCGUGGGAAAGACAUGCGCGCCGACGAGUUCGCGCUCAACACCGACAACGUCGGAGAGAGGUACUUGCGAUGACGUCAGUGCCACCGCAGGGGUCAGCACGUACGGUGGACGCGUUCACCACAAAAAUCCACAAAAGGGGCCACCGCCACGUGCGCCUCGGCCAGAAAUGCCGUCGGAGACAAGGAGAAAGUCGGUGGCGGCAGUUUCUACGGGUCCUGCGCCAGUCAGCUUUAGGGAUAGGUCAGCUUCGAAGGACUCCGGUGUGGUCACAGCGCAAUGCGAGUUCUGCCUACGACGAUACCUUAAGUCUGCCAUGAGCACGCACUUACAGGUUUGUGAGCUUCGGUUGGUGAGGUGCCCUUUCCAGUGCGGGGUCAAGGUGCUAGUGCGAAACCUCGAGAAGCACAUGGGGUCCUGCUCGAUGAAGGAGUCCGUCGAAAGCGGAGGUGUUGUAGACGCUUCCGCUACUGCUACGCGCGUGCGAAACCUUGACGCCACGGCGGGCACUCGGGUUGAACCACACAACGAGACAACGAGAAAAAAGGGUGACGAGCUUGCUAGCCACGGAGACGAGGCCAAUGCGCAGCAGGGAGGAGCUCUCGCGAUCGGACCAGGACCUGAACCAGGACCGGGACCGGGACCGGGACCGGGACCCGGAUCAGGACCGGGACCGGGAUCAGGACCGGGAGACGCCGGUCGUACGGUAACGUGCAUGCGCUGCCACGAAAGCUUACCCUUUCACCUCGUGCCUUCCCACGGCCCCAAGUGCAAAGGUAAAAAGGGUGAGGGUGAGCUUGGCGCACGCGCUACCGCAGCGUCGCCGUCCGGUACGUCUGAGAGAUCGCGGGGACCACCGUCCGGGUUCCAGGAUCCUCCUCCCUUUGGAGCUGCCGUUGGUUUCAGACCACCUUCUCUGAGGUCGCCGGUAUCGUCGCAAAGCCGCUCGGGAGUUGGAGGAACUCCGCCGCGAGGAGGACUUUCGACGCCACCGAACUUUAGCAGCGCCGUCGGGACACAUGGCUCUACCCUAUCGCCUUUAUCGUCGUCGGGACCUGGUGAUACCGGCGCCGUCCCGAAGAUAUCAUCCGGCCGUUCAGUUGUGACUCCUCAUUCCCCCGCAGUUAGCCCCAAAGCCUGGCACGCUUCGUCUCGAAUAGGGACGGUGCUCACUCCGGGUGUGAGAGUUCCUCCUUCACCCCCUAGGUUGAAAGAUGUCCGGGCCUGGGGCACGAGGCAGGUGACUUCUUGGCUGCGGGAGAUCAUGAGACCGCCGAGGGCCGACAUCAUCUCCAAGUUCCAUGACAGUGGCGUCGACGGCACCGCACUAUUAAGCGUAACAGACAGGUAUCUCUUGCAUCCAACGGAGGGAUUGGGAAUCACUGACGAAGUCGUUCGCCGACAAAUCCUCGAGGCCAUGGAUUUCCUGAAGGUUGGCCUGUAG